AUGAACACGGACACGAUCAUCCGCGACAACGCGGCGUACCUCGCGAGCGCGGGACAGGCGCGUUCUAGCUGGAGCCCUGACACGGUCCCGGACGGCAAGAGCAGCAAGGGGCGGAUGCUGGAGGGGUACCUGCAAAACGCGGAGCGUUGCGUCGUCAAAGAGGGCUACGGCGCGUUCAAUGAGAUGGACGCGGAGACGAGGAAGGAGUGGAAGGCGAUCUCGUGCACGCAAGGGCUCGUGUCUCCGGCGGAUCCGAUGUGA